GCUCUCGACUCGACUCGACUAAACAGUACACUUGUUCCAGUUAACGCAAACUGAACAGCAAUCAUGAGCGGCAGAGGAAAGGGAGGUAAAGGACUCGGUAAAGGAGGCGCCAAGCGCCACCGUAAAGUUCUCCGUGAUAACAUCCAGGGAAUCACCAAACCAGCCAUCCGCCGUCUGGCUCGCCGCGGUGGAGUGAAGCGUAUCUCCGGUCUGAUCUACGAGGAGACCCGCGGUGUGCUGAAGGUGUUCCUGGAGAACGUGAUCCGUGACGCCGUCACCUACACCGAGCACGCCAAGAGGAAGACGGUGACCGCCAUGGAUGUGGUGUACGCUCUGAAGAGGCAGGGCCGCACCCUGUACGGCUUCGGAGGUUAAAUCACAUCGAUCUGUCCAUCCAAACCAAAGGUCCUUUUAAGGGCCACACA